UAUCUGUUCACCUGCAACAUAUUCGAACUUGCGAGACACUUCAGAUAUCGGUCUCUCGUCGGUAGAAGUGCACGCUAUCAGCUAUACCCUAAACAAUGGAUAUAAUAUUAUUACUAUUUUUCUGCGGUUUGUGCCGCUUCGCCUUAACCACCACCGUCAACUCCUGCAGCGGGUCGAAGGGCUUACAACCCAACGCCACGAUAUCCAUAGGGUAUUUGGAAAACGAAUGCUUGUCGACCCCGUGCGAGGUUAUAUUGGGAUGCUCGAUUAUAAUGACGACCAAAUUUAACUCGCCGAGAUAUUUGGAAGACCUCACCCCGAGGAUACACGCGAGCGCCUUGGGUGCCGAAUUGGACUACCCGCUGUUUCAAAACAAUGCCUGUGACGGUAUAAUCAACACCCAAUGUCCCAUCGUUAAGGGCGAAAAAGUCACGUAUCAAUACACGAUGAAUUUGUUUAACGUUUUUCCCGAAGUAGCCGUAAAUUUAGAGAUAUCGAUAAUCGAUAACGACGCGGAGGAAGAUGUCACUUGUUUCGUGGUCGACAUAAACGUCAAAAAGUCGACAUGUCCAGCGAAACCCGCAACAGCGCAGUGAUUGAUCCCUUUUGAAGGCAUCGCAAAUUUUUGCACGUACCGAUAGAUAGAAAUAUAAACGUAGCUGACCAAAAAUGGUUAAUACUAAAUUUUAUACAACAAUUACGAGAGAAAAAAAGCUCGGCUCUAUAAAUUAACAAAUGUCGCCCACCCGAAAAUUGUCUAAUGACAUUUCGAAACGAUGCGGCCCGAUAAUAAAAACGGAAAGUUUUCUAAGCGUUUAAUUAAAAAUGAAAUUAAUUCGGAGAAAUUUUAAUAUAAAUCCCAUAACUUAGAACCGCGUAGAAAAUUACGGGCCACAUGGGCCAUACGUGGCGACUUUUUGAUAAAUUAUGGACGAUAUUUUAUUAUUAUGUUAGAGCAGUUUUGCUGGUUAAUAGACUGGCGUUUUUAAUAGACCAUAAAUGCGCAGCUCAACGGCGUUUCCGACACAAAUGAAACUCUUUUGGCUUACUGCAGAAGAAAUUUUGAUUACCUACUGAUUAGUUUGAAUAAAUGUAAUAAACAUGUACCGGGCUUUCGGACGUACAUUUUUGUAGUCACCCUACAGAGUCACUAUAUCAGAUAAAACAAAAUACAAAUACGAACAUUUUCUGCUCCAAAAAUUAUCAAAACGUUUCAGCCGAUGUCAAACUUUGAUGCUUGUCAAUCUUAAACCAAAAUUAUACUGGCACCGAACCAUCUAUAUUUCUAAAAAGCAUUCACCUGUCGAAACGUGAUAUUUAUUAAAAUAUUUGCCCAUUUCAAGUCAAUGACUUCAAAAAACUUGGCGAAUUCGCCAGAUUGUCAACAAAACUGAUUUAUGGCAAAAUACUAGUAAUUUCUCCGUUCUGUGCAUCGAAUAAUACAGAGUAGCCCACAAUCAAUGACCUAUUACAAGUAUCUCUCGAACGGACCUAUAAUUUUAUUUGGAAUUAUAUGUUAUUUCACUUCUAUGUUC